AUGCGACUCUCUUUGGUAGAAGAACUUAGAAUAAGCUUGCUUGCACUUGGAGAGAUUGAGAAUAGAAAAUCGGUUCAAGAGAAUAGCAUAAGUUCUUCAAAUCUUCCACUUACUGAAUAUGUUGCAUAUAUAGCUUCCUUGAUUUCAGAUUUUAAGUAUGGAAAGUGGAACUUUCACUUAAUCACAAAAUAUUCUCCACGUCAAGUACGCAUAAGGAUGGAUAUUGAAUUUUCUUCAUAUGCUUGUGGAUUGCCAAGGGUACUUAGGAAUUUCUUAGCAAGCCCUAGGUCUUCCAAGACCAUUCUUGGACUGUCGGAUAGCUCACAUAUUCAUUGGAUUUCUCCCCGAGAAGAUGCCAUGCAACUACACCGUGCUUUCAAAGGAAUGGGCUGCGAUACUUCUACAGUCAUCAAUAUUCUUGCUCACCGGGAUGCAGAGCAGCGUGGAUUGAUCCAACAGGAAUUUGAGACCAGGUUUGGAGAUGAACUUGUCAAACAUUUGCACUCAGAGCUUCAUGGCCAUGUAAAGAAAGCAGUUUUGCUAUGGAUGCAUGAACCCGUAGCACGAGACGCUACCAUAUUGAGGAAUGCUUUCAAGGGAACUAUUACUAAUCACGAAGCUGCCAUUGAAGUGAUAUGCUCUCGUUCUAGCGCUCAUUUACGUCAGAUUAAACAAAUAUAUUACUCAAUGUUUGAUACUCGCCUUCAACAAGAUAUUGAAUCGGAAGCAUUUGGCAACUACAAGAAGUUGCUGCUUGCAUAUGUAAGUACAACACGAUAUGAGGGCCCAGAAAUUGAUAAACUGAUGGUAGAAAAUGAUGUUAAAGCUCUUCAUCGAGCAGAGGAUAACUGUUUCAUUCAAAUUUUCUGUGAAAGAAGCCGGGCACAUUUGGUGGCUGUCGAAUCUGCUUUCCAUGCUACAUAUGGAAAACCAUUAAGAAAGGUACUAAAAAGGGAAACCUCUGGGAUCUUUAAGCAUGCCCUUAUGACAAUUUUACAAUGUGCUGAAGAUCCUGCCAAGUACUUUGCGAAGGUGUUACACAAGGCAAUGAAGGGCUUGGGAACAGAUGACACUACGCUAAUUAGAGUUGUUGUUACAAGGGCCGAGUUUGAUAUGCGACAAGUGAAGCUGGAAUACAGGAAGAUUUACAAGAAAACAUUAUAUGAUGCAGUUCAUUCAGAGACAUCAGGCAAUUACAGGAGUUUUCUUCUUUCUCUGAUAGGCUCCAAUGUUUAGGACAAUCAUCAAAGGAACCAUCAAGGCAGCGAUUUUCAAAUAAGCUUUAUGAAUAUGAGAACAGACAGAGAUCCGGGCAGACAAACUUGUAUUCGUAUAUUGAUUUUAAUUUAGCUUAUAUGUAUAGGUUUUGUCAUUGAUACAGUGACAAAUGUAUUUUUAAUGUAUGCUAUUUACCUCA